GUGCUUCUUUGGGCAAGCCAGCUAUCGCCGCUGAAGCAACGAAGAAGAUAAGACGUGCGACAUUGCCGAGCAUGUUGUUUUAGCCAUUGUCCAUCCGUCACGCGACUCUUUAUGAAAUGCCCGUCAGGAGCACAACGAUGAGUUGAAAGGAGCCGAAGUUCUUGGCAACAUGUGGUGGGCUUCCUGGAGUUCAUGUGGAUUUGCUGAUGAGCCACAUUGCACCUGGUCAUCAGCUUGAGGGAAGGGAGUGAGUCACUUGGCCCAUGCUCUCCCUGAGGUCUCAUUUUAAUGGAGGAGAGGCUUUUGCCCUUCCGUGAGAGAAUUUGAAGUUGUUUCACUGCGGUGGUUUCCCCGGGUUGCAGGUUCUAGAUGCCUCCUCUGUCCAGUGAAUGCCUGUGCUAUCUUCUCACCAGGCCCCCUCUGCAUGGCAGUCAAAGCUAACCACCAUUUCUUGAUGGAAGACUUUUCAUAGAUUGAAAGUCAAGGCAGUUGGACUUUUUGCCGUUUAGGAGAAGCCUAUAUAUAUAUAUAUGUAUAUUUCCACCUCUGUGUUCUGAGAACCCUUUCGAACUCACUCUGAGAGGAAUCCGCCUCCCAGGAGUUAGGGACGGACAAUUCGGCAGUGGUGAGAUGGUAUAGAACAAUGACUGCCUAUCUUGAAUGUGGCAGAAGAUUGUAAGUAAGGAUGGAUGGCGCUGGUCGCUUCACCACUGGCUUUGUGCAAUGUGAUUCACGGUGGGCUGCACGGCGGCUGACCGGGGAUUGGAUAGCAGUUGCCCGGGUGUCAAGUACAGAACACAUCCGCGAUGUCUGGAUGUGAUGAUCAACUAGGACCUGAGCCGAAAAGGUCCAAAGCUAGUGGUACCUCCCCUAAGUUCAGCGCAGAACGAAAACCAACUGGCGAGGAGAGUGGAUCGGUAGAAGGGCUUGUCUGGGGCCUGGCUCGGGGCACAGACAGUAGCCGUGGCCGUAACUGUGACCUUAUGGCGGCUGAGACCGAGGAGGACAAGCAGAAGAGAUUGCAGAGAGAGCUCCGAGCAGCAGCAGCAGAGAGGCGGAGGUCCGGAGUCCCAGCAGUGUCGAGCACAUGCGAAGUUGAUGUUUCACCCUCCUCGGAAUACACGACUUCACCGGCGUCGUCUGCACUAACUUCAGCACCGUCUGGCGCGGCUCAAGGAUCAGCACUAUCCCCUGCAGCAGUGAGAGAAACGCCAGGGAAUCCGUGUGUAGUGGUUGACGCUGUGAGUGCGUCACCUGAGAGACGUGUUGCUGCAGACGCAGCAGUGCCUUAUGCACAGUCAGUUACAUCACCAGCCAAGUCUCAAGGAACACCGGGAGGUAGAGGUGCCGCCGAAAUGCAAAGACCAGGCGCUGCGCAAGGUGGGCAGAACAAUUCUGGCCGGGCCACCAGUGGUGGACGAGGUGCCGGACAAUCGGGAGGCUCAGGGGGAGCUGGAGGAGCAGGAGCCGCCGACCUAAUGGAGGGGCAGUUGUCCGUGGUAGCCGCGAAGAAGUUAUAUCGAAUUGUUUUUGGAACACAGACAUCACCGGAGGUCUUGACUCAAUGGUGCCGGCAAGGUUUCAACUUCAGCACAGAUCCAGAAACCUCCAUGGGUCUUGUCCAACUGGAAGGCGGCCCAUGUGGUGUAUUGGCACCCAUUCAGGCGCUUGUUCUCAAGUACCUGAUCUUUGUCAAAGAGGAUGAGGAGGACUAUGAUAUUGACUGGGUGGGGGCUGGCGACUCUAGGGCGCAUCAAGCAACGGCGCAAGCGGGUAUGGACGUAGACGAGCAACUGCAGUUCAGUGAGGUGGAGCGCAACAGGGCAUUGGUGCGAGCCAUUGGCGAAGCCGUCUUGCAGGCGGGCCAAGGAAGGAGGGCGGUGGUGGCGUUUCUGAGACCUGGGCUGGAGGAAGCAGAUAUGCAAGUGGACGAUGCCAGUGGCCCAGGGAAAGAUAUACUGCCGCUCAAGUCAGCUGAGGUAUUGCACGAGACAGUGCGUGUCCGGUACUGCCGCUCGGUGGAAGAGCUUCACCGUUUCUUGUUAGAUCGGCUAAGUGCCCUGCGAAGUGGUUAUGGGGCGCUUCUUGUCCUUUUCUCAGCGCUGCUUUCUCGGGGCCUUGAUGGUGUGCAAGCGGAUCGUGACGACCCCGACCACCCUCUGAUUACACCUCCUUUUGGCCAUGCCUCUCAAGAGGUUGUCAAUCUGCUCCUCUGCGGGCAUGCCGUUGCCAAUGUCUUUGAUGGGUCUAUCAACAUGGGUGGUGGGAUCUGUCUCAAUGGUGUGCCCAGCGAUGUGCAGGUUGGGUUUUUAACCCUCCUGGAGUCGCUGAAUCUAUGCAAGGUCGGACAGAAUCUAAAGCGUCCACAGUGGCCUGUAUGGGUGCUUGGCAGUGAAUCGCAUUACACAGUUCUCUUUGCACUGUCCACAAGUGUGCAAGAGGAAAGUGAAGCGGAGGACAGGGAAGCGCGUGUGCGGCGAGCGUUUGACUCAUUAGAUGUGAGCGGAGGCGGCGGAUUCAUAGGCUCGGAAGUGCUCAAUCAGGUACUGCAGGCGGCAAACGUGGCAAUGCCGGACAACAUGCGUGCUUCACUUGCAGGUGGAGGGAUCAUAGUGUGGCAGGACUUCUGGAAGGCACUUUGCUUACUGCCAAAGUCGAAAGGUGGAUUCGCAGGGACGGGUGUGGGGGGAACGACGGAGAAGAGGCGGUUCACGCUAUUCCAUUUCAAUGGCAUUGCAAAGAGUGUUAAUGGAACACCUGUCAAUGUGCCGGUUGCUGGCGGGAGGGAAGGGGGUGCUAGCCAAGGUGGGGCAGAUGCAGCCUGGGGAGCAGCAGCAGUAGUGCAAAAACCUCGGCUGACUCGGCUGCAUGUUGUGGUGCCUCCUAAGUGGACCUGUGAAAGUGCGAUGGCAGAAGAGCUGGAAGCAGCUGCUGCUUCUGGAGUCGGAGAGGGGGGGAAAAGCGGUGACACGGAUAGUGGGGGGGCAACGAGCAAGGAGAGGACUGGGGCCAGUGCUGAGGAAGGAGAAGAUAGUCUGGAGGAGAAGGGGACAGCAGGUCAGGCCCCUCUUGUUGAUUGUAUUCGGACACGGUGGCCUCGUGCUGUGUGUUAUUGGGUGGGAGAUCCACCCAGCAUCGUCUAACUAACCUGUCUUGUAGUUUUGUCAGCAAUACUGGUUUUUCUGAAACAGUAAUGUGUAUUUAGACUGCCAGGUCAUCUGGUUCGCUCACUGUGUUGCCCAGGUCAUGAUGUCCUUUUGUUGUCCAUCCAUUUUCUAGCCUCAGUCUCUUUCUUAGUCAUCCUAGCCUGUGCUGGAAAUGGUCCUUCCUGCGUCGUUGUGGUGGUGAAGCCGUCUUCUAUUCACAGUGCCCACUCAGUUGUUUGAUGACUCCUGUCCUAAUGUCCUUCCCUUCUGGAAAUGGGCAUGGGUGAGGGUUCCCUUGUUACUCUCGAGGAUACCAGCUGCAUUAUGUUGUGCAUUUGCUAUGAUUUCUAGCUCUGUCCCUGAUUUUCAAUUGUUCUGAUUCGU